CAUACUCCGCUAGACGCGUCAACGCUGCGCGCCAUAAACGCUCAGGAUGUAGUUUCUUUUAUGUCCUUUCCUGCACGCCGUACGGAGCGAAAGUACAUGUGAUUUGACCGAGUACUACAGUAAACAGCCUUGUCCUGUUUGGAGAAACUGUGUGCUGGUGAUCCAGGGACUUUGAUAUCAUGGACAGUGACUGCUUAUCUUUGCUGCCAGCGGUCUGCCUGGUCCUGGCCGACCCAAAGCAGUCUCCACCUGAUGACACCUCUUUAGAGAAGCUGCUUGAUUGGUUUAAAGAGCUGCACAGCCAAAGUAAUGGACAGGUGCUUUUGCAGCAUCAGCCGUGCCUCUUGGAGUUUAUUUCCAGUGUUUGUACGUCUAAAACGACAGAUCCUGCUAUCCUGUCUUUCACCCUAAAACUGACUGGACUUCUGGCUGCCACAACGCAGGGGUUCCACUUGUUUGAUGAGGGAGGUCUUUUGGUGUAUGUGUUUGAGCUGGAAGCCUGGGGUGUGUGUGAUCUCUGGGAGGAUGCCUCGGUUCGCAGUGGCUGGCUGCAGGGACUGUUGGAUAUGCUGAAACACCAGCAAGCCUUGGGCUUCAUAUGUGGAAAUGGACUCAUCAAAGUGAUUCUCCAGCUGCAGAACGACAGGAGUCUGUUUGCUGCCUGUUUGGCUAAUCAGCUUUUAGUGCAUAUCCUAAAUUUCCUCACGUCAUCAAACAUGACCAGCGGCAGUGAUGUUGUGGGAUCAAGUGAAUCAUCUUUGAGGCCUGAUUGGGUCUCGGCCUCCUCUGAGAUUAUGAAUGCUGUGGUUGAGGCGUUGAGCUCAGAGGAUUGUCCUCAGGUCCUCCAGGGCUUACGGCUUCUGUCACUGGUUCUCUCUCAGUGUGGAGAGCCUAUCAUAAGCACGCUGUGGAAAGAUGUGCUAGUACCCCUGGAAGUCUUGGUCAACAGGGGGUCUGAAUCAUUGAUUCAGACUCUGAUAACUGUUCUAGAAGCUGCUUUGGGGACACCUCUGCUCAGCCAAUCAGAGUAUAAAGUGGAGGAGUUAUUAGAAGCCAUGUUGGGUGAUGGAAACAGAAAGGAGUGUUUUCAGUGUGCGGCAUUAAUUGUUAAGCUGGAGAAAUGUCCUGAGGUUUUAAAGAGGAAGGCUACGGAUAUCAUCUUGCUUCCCCUGCAGUGUGUGUCAACACAGCCUCAAGCAGAAAAGGGAAUUAAUGUAGUCCUGAAGGAACAGCUAUCCCAGAAAGCCUCAUGCAUUUCCCUCCUCAUGCAGAGUUUAUCAAGCCUAGCUCAGCUGGCACACACAAAAUACCUCUUUGAAGAUAUUUCCGUUCACUCGAUCACCAGUUCUGUGGUGUUGCUUCUGAGGAUGUGCUCUGGGCAUUGCCCCUCCUCUUUGAUACAUAUUAAUACAUUCACUCACCUGAUUGGCUGCUGCAAGGUUCAGAGGUGUGGCCUGGAUACAUUAGGUGCACUCAGUGUAUAUGAAGAAAACCUGGAUUUAAGGAAGGACAUAUUUGGUGUCCUCUUGGACCUUUUACAGAGUCCAGAUUCCCAUGCCACAGUAAACCUCUUUCCUGUAUUGGAGAAACGGAUGUGUGAUUUGCGAUGGGAAGUGAGAGACUCCACACUAGAGUUCAUCACCCAGCUGACUGCUGCCCUAAUCAGUAACAGUGGUUUCUCUGAAGCUCUCCACACCAGUGGUAUGGUCUCUGUUCUCCUUUCUUCAUUGGCAGAUGCAGAAGGUUAUGUCAGAGCUAGUGCUGUGGCUGCUGUCGGGGAGGCAGUUACUGCUUCUUUCCAUCAGACGGUGCUUGCGAGCAAUAGCAAACUUCUGGAGGAUGCUUUGGUGCAGAUGAUGGCCAUUCUCUCUCAGGACACAGAGGGCUUUCCUCGUAGAGCAGUGGUCCAAGCUUUCACAUCAUGGCUGAAAGGAUCACACCUCAUAACGGCCUUGGAGUCAUCCCUGAGCUCCGUCCUGUCACUGGGAGGCAGCGAUUUUGACUGGGAAGUGAAAAUGCACACACUGGAGCUAGCAGAAGUGUUGAUGGAGAAGACACUGACCUGCUGUCCGUAUGCAGUCCAGAACUUCGGUUCCUCUGAAGUUCGCUUUCCGCAAGCCUUGAUCAAGUUUAAAGAUUUUGGGCUGUUUGACUUGCUGUUUAACAGCUUGUUUGACUGUGACAGACCAGUGUGUGAGAAAGCCUGUGCACUCUUGGUCAAACUCAGAACACUUACAGCUGAGACCGCAGAUUUGGAUCACUGCGUUCUUGUCUUAAAUGUAUGUGGGAACAGAUGGGGGGAUGAGGUGCAGAGAAGAUACCUCAACAAACAACAGGCCAAAGCAUCUGUGUGUGUCACAAAUGGAGUUACAGGAUCUGAUGAGGGAACGGACUGUGAUUUACACUGCUCCAAAGACAUUAGCCUACCCAAGAUACUGCAGAUUCUAGAUCUAGAUGACAUGCAGAGGAUGUUGACGUUAAGUAGUGAUCAUGUUGUGAAUUCGCCCCGAUCGCUAAUGGAAGACAUUCUUUCAGCAGCCCAGCAGAGUGAAGAGAAUAUAGUGGAUUGCUAUUGAGAAUAUACCGUGUAACCGUUUGAGACCUUUUUUACGGUUUAAUAAAGGAAGAUGUACAGUCUCAAAUUCAAUUAAGU